AUGUCCCCCAGUUGUUCCUCACCUCGAAGAACUUCCUCCUGCAGGGACGUUUUCUCAACCAAGUACGAUUCGCCCCUAGCUUUGGCCAUUCUGAAUGAGCCAUACCCGGGAAACAUCCAUAUACCCAACCUUCCGGAGUAUAAUGGCACUACCGCUCUAGAAGACCAUCUCAGUUGCUUCGAGAUUUUGACGUCGCUUAUUGGUGCAUCUGAUGCCACCAUAAGUAGAAUAUUUCCCACCACUCUUGGAGGAGACGCUCGUCUAUGA